AUGACGCUCUGUCUCUCGGGGCUACUCUUCCUUCUGGCCGUCUGCCUGCCUUCAGGCCAGGCCAUGCUGGGGAACAGCGGCGUGGAAUUCAACACGUGCACCAAGCUGGAGGGCAGGUGCUUCUUCGGCUGCCCGCCCGGCUGGCAGUGGGUCUCACACUGCCACUCCCUGAUGUCUUGCUGCAAAGAACUGAAGAAAAACAAGCCCGCCCACUACUAUGAUGUGGAGAAUUAA